AUGACUGCGUCCCAAAUGCGAAUAGCGGAAACGAUAGAUGCCUUUUACGGGGAUUCCGGUGCCAGGGACGGUGUCAGCAGAAGCUACAAACAAGCUGUGGAGGACCUUGACUCAGAGACGAUCAAGGCCUUGGACGGGCCUUACCGAACAACCGUAUUGGACCCCAUCAACCGGUUCUGCUCUUACUUCCCCGAUGUCAACGAGUGCAUCAAGAAGAGAUCCCACAAGCUCCUAGAUUAUGAUGCCCUCCGAGCGAAAGUGAAGCGACUUGUUGAAAAGCCCGACAAAGACGCGACCAAACUGCCCCGAACAGAGAAGGAGCUUGAAAUGGCCAAGCUUGCCUAUGAACAGCUCAAUGAACAACUCUUUUCCGAACUACCUCAGCUGAUCGAUCUGCGGGUACCGUACUUGGACCCUACGUUCGAAGCGUUGGUCAAAAUUCAGCUGCGAUUCUGUGCCGAAGCAUACUCUCGAAUGGCGCAAGUGCAACAGUACCUGGAUGCAGACACUAGAGAUCUAUACGCCGAGGGACACUUAGAUGCAAGAGUAGAGCAAGUUUUGCAAGAGAUUCGAGAACUCAGUAUCAGCGGGACUGUAUAG